AUGGCAGAGCGUGGAGGUGGCGACCGCGGCGGUUUCGGGCGCGGUUUCGGGGGGCGCGGUCGUGGCGGCGACAGGGGCCGUGGGCGUCGCCGAGGACCCCGCCGUGAAGAGGAGGAGAAGUGGGUCCCAGUGACGAAGCUUGGCCGCCUCGUGAAGGAGGGCAGAAUCCGAAGCCUGGAACAGAUCUACCUCCACUCCCUCCCCAUCAAGGAACACCAAAUCAUUGACACUCUUGUGGGUCCCACCCUCAAGGAUGAGGUCAUGAAGAUCACUCCGGUCCAGAAACAGACCCGGGCCGGGCAGAGAACCCGGUUCAAGGCCUUCGUGGUUGUCGGCGACGGUAACGGCCACGUGGGACUCGGCGUUAAGUGCAGCAAGGAGGUAGCGACCGCCAUUCGCGGUGCCAUCAUUCUGGCGAAGCUUUCCGUUGUCCCCGUUAGGAGAGGGUACUGGGGAAACAAGAUCGGUAAGCCACACACCGUUCCGUGCAAGGUUACGGGCAAGUGCGGGUCGGUUACCGUGAGGAUGGUUCCCGCUCCUCGGGGUUCGGGGAUUGUCGCUGCUAGGGUUCCCAAAAAGGUGCUACAGUUUGCUGGAAUCGACGAUGUUUUCACCUCCUCUAGAGGAUCAACGAAGACCCUUGGCAAUUUCGUUAAGGCUACUUUUGACUGCUUGAUGAAAACCUAUGGAUUCCUGACACCAGAAUUCUGGAAGGAGACUCGCUUCACCAAAUCCCCAUUCCAAGAGUACACAGAUCUGUUGGCAAAACCAACAGGGAAGACUCUAAUCUUGGAGGAGGAAAGGGUGGACGCUUGA